GUCGUACUGAGCUGCACCAUCAAAAAGGAUUUCGAAUACAACAAAGUGAUGCCAACUUUUCACCACUGGAAAACCGGAGACAAGAAAUUCGGAUUGACGUUUCAAGCUGCCGCGGACGCCAGGGCGUUUGACAAGGGCGUCAGGACGGCGGUCGAAGACUUGCUUGACGGUUUGGCGGAUACUUCCCCCUCAACUCCUCUGCCGAAAUGCAUAAAAGAAGUGGGAGAUGACGACGUUUUUAUGACCCUCGAUCUUCCGCAAGAUCCCAAAGACUCUAGAAGUUCCAGCGAUUCCAGUAACAAGGGGUCGGAACAUUUCCAUAGGUUAACCUACAUUGGACGUGAGAAACCUCCCGAACCUACGUAUGAUCCCAACAAAGGCACGAAAGACGUAUCGGUGACCGGUUGCGGUGGCGAGAACUAUCCCUAUGUCCAACUGACGGCCGUUCACGAGUACAUCUACCCCGCGGAGGACCCCCAGAAGCCGCCCCUGAUGCGUCGUGAUUCCUCCUCCAGUCUGAAGAAGUGCGCCAUAGAGAUGCGUUCAACCUCUCACCCGCAGCAGCUGCAACCGCCGCUGCCGCUGAAAGCGAAGCCGAAGGGCAAGACUCGGUGCCGGCACUGCCACGAACUCUUCAGCGACGACGAGAACCCGCGCGGCGCGUGUCGGUACGCCCCCGACGCCGUCAAGUCGGCCAUCGACCGCGUGACGUGCAUCGGCUGUGCGCAGUGCAUCGACUACCACUGCGCGUCCGACGAGGAAGGCGAUUUCGCGCAGCACCCGUGCGACUGCGCCAAUGACGACAACUGCGCGAAGCGGUGGUGCUGUCUGACGUUCCUUUCGGUGUUUGUGCCGUGCCUGUGGCUCUACCCGCCGCUCAAGGGCUGCCACUGGUGCGGCGUCAAGUGCGGCAUGUGCGGCGGCAGACACGCUAUGUGAUCCAUCGAUCCCAUUUUGCGAUAUUAGGCGUGAGGUUCUCGCCGCGUUCGAUCGUGGUGCGAUGCGACGGAUUGAGAGCUGGACCCGGUUCGUUGACGGUCGUUGUCAAGAGGGUGGCGGGUCGCGGAGGGGAUAGGUGCGCCAAUGCGCUCUCUAAAUACUUGAAAUAACCUUUCGAUGUUAUUGUCGAACGACCUAUCUAAUAGCAUGUAACAACUUUCUAUACAACCCCUGUAUUAGCAGCGAACAACUUCUUGCCCUCCCCCUGUAAUAUCGAAGAAGAACUUUUUAUACCCCCUCCGUAGUGUUUCUGGACAACUUUUUGCAUUUUUCUCGUAUUGACACUAGUUAUCUUUUUGCACUUCUCCAAUAAAAACAUCAUAUAAAUGUUUGCACCCUCCCUGUGAUAGUAUUGGUCAACUUAUUGCACCACCCCUUAAUAGUACCGGACAACUUUUUGCUUUACCUCUCUAAUGGCAUUGGAAAACUUCUAUUACUACCCUCAAGAAGCAGAAGACAACUUUUUGCACUUUCCCGUAAUAGUACAAUUUUCAACAUUCUCCUGAGUUAACAACAGAUAACUUGUUGCAGACUUCACAUGAUAGUUUUGCACAAUUUUUUGCACCUUUCCCUACCAGCACCAGACAAAUUUUUGCUCUCUCGUAAUAAUAGCUUCAGUCAAAUUUGUGUACCCCAACCAUAAUAGCACUGGACAAUUAUUUGCUCUUUACCCCUAAAAGCAGUGGACUUUUUGCACUGCCCUCGUAAUAGUACUGUACAAUUUCCUAAUAGAAAUAGCCAACUUUUUGCAACCACCCUUUAAUAAUAUCAGAGUAGGCUUUACAGAGUGAACAUUCUUUAAUGAAAAACCUUGCCUUUUUGAACCUACUCUUUACAGUCGAAGGGAGCUGUGAAAGCACUAGUAAAAAGGCAAAUUUUUGAGCUCUCCCUAAACAUCCAUAUAAAGUGGAACAUCACCUUUUUGAUUAAACUUUCAACUUUGAAGUACAUUGAGAUAAAUCAAGAUCGUUAUUUAAAUGUCAUAGAGUUAUUACAUUCAAAGAUUAGCAACCAUUUUACAGACCGAAUAAAUAUUUCUCUCAAGAAAAUAAGGCGACAAAAUUAUCUUCUGAUACAUUUAUCAGACGUCUUCAGUAAAAGCAAUGAAUAACAUUUUAUAUGCCCCAGCAAUAGCAUCGGAUAACUUUUGCAUUCCCCCCGUAAUAACUCUGGACAUCUUUUCGAACUACCCGCGUAACAGUAGUGCGAAACUUUUCGAAUUAUGACGUUACCUUUCAUUUUAAUGAACCUGCUACCAUGCUCAUACUAUUAAAAAAUACCAAAUAAGAUACAGGCAGUAAUUAUCUGUAUUAGAAAUAUGACGAAGGGAAACCUUAAAGCUAUCAGGCCUUCCAAUAAACUCUUAAUGUUAUUCCUGUAACAUUCAUUUUUCAAAUGUUUACAUACGACUUCAGCUCUCUUAAAAUAUUCUUUUAUUUCCACUGUGAUAUAUUAUUUCUCUCCCUACUUUUGUAGCAAAAACAAUCGUGUCACAUACCCUUGCUGUUUGUAUAUACGACAGUUAGCUCUCUCAAAGCCUUUUUGAGCUCAAUAUUGAGCUGACAAUUUAUCAUUCGCCCCUCGUAAUGAAUAGACAACGUUGUUACCACUUGUAGCAGAAUUUUCAAUAACUGGCGCUUUUGUUGCUCCAUAUCAAGCUUUAUAUUUUUAUUGCUGGCGUAAUGAACAUGAGUUUUCAUUUUCAGGUUCAACGCUUCUUCUACAGGGGUUGUUUGAAAAGUUUGCAUUCUGUUUCGUGAAAUUAAACGCACCUACUCCCUCGGCACCCUGUAUAUAUUGUUGCCGAUAGAUGAGAGUACAAAAUAUACCUAAUAAUGAUAGUUUAGAGAUUAUUCACCGAGUUUAUGCAGGCGUUGAUCUGAAUCGAGUACCUGUUGAUUUUAUUGUGUUCGUGUUUUUCUUUUUAAUUUUUCUCUUCGACGAAUCCGGUCCAGCCUGGUUAAUAUCUCGAAAGCGUCUGUGAUUUGAUACUAAAAGCCUUCUCAUAGUAUUAGUAUUUUCUAUGGUUUCCACGUUUCUCGAAAACUUUACGCGUAAUAUCGUGAAAUACUGACAGCUAGUGCUCAACGUGUUGAAGGUUGUGAACACUAUGAAAAUUCAAGUGUAAACACUUAUUCGUAUAAUAAAUGAAAAGACUGUUUGUUGAUUUUUGAAAAAUGAAAUGGCUGAAAUUUUAAUCCUGUUUAUUUAUUUUGUAAUGGUUGUGAAGAGUUGUUUGUUAAAACCGACACGCAAAAAAUGGUCAAAGAAUGAGCCUAAAACAAUACUUCAAUAUGUUGAUUGAUUCUUGGAACUAUUCAUCAUUGACACUUUAGUAACCAUAAAUUUUGGAUCACCGACACCCUGAAUAUAUUAUAACGGUGAAGUUUUUAUGUCAAUUCACUGUAAUAACAGUUAAAGACGGGUCUAAACAACAAGCAGAGAAUUUCUGUAGUGGACAUUCAUACAAUAAUAUAAAAGACACACAAGAUAAUUGGUCAUAGGUAAUUCAGGAUUUGUCGUGCCAAUUAUUGAUAAUUGAUACUUUGAAUGGUCAACUCAUUACAGUUAAAUAGUUGAUGUCUGUUCAAGUUACAUGGUAUAAAUGAUUACCAUUACCAUAUUACCAUUUUUCAAACCAAUCGAUUAUUGGUAAUUACCAAUUAGAACUUUAAGGAAUAAUGGAAUGGUCAUCAUAAAAAAAAACAAUUUGCAAGUAUUGAUAUUACUUCAAAACUGGAAGUACGUAUAUUGGAUACUUUAUUUUUUUGGAAACUAUCUUGUAAUUUCAGAAAUUAUAGAUAAGGAAAGCUUUCACUUGACAAAUAAUCAGUUUCGUUAAUAUCCUGAACUAUUGAAUCAUAAUAGAAGCAGACAAGUUUAAUAAAAAAUAUUUCUUGGUAAAGUGCAGUUCAUUAUGAAUGAUUUUGAUAUAAUUUUUGACACAGAUGAGAAAAUCUGUCAGCGACGACUAUAUAAUCAGGUAAAUGAUAGGUAAAUAACGAUUUGAAGUGUCAAAUUAUUGUUAAUAGAUAUUUAAAGUUGUGGGUCAUUACCUGUAAAAAGGUACCUUUCAACCCACGGAAUUUCAUAAAGUAGAUGCCCUGAAUGGAUAACAUUUGGUAACUCAUUUUAGAAAGUGCAUCAUAUAUAACCAAUUUUAAAGUUUCAAAAUUUUUAUCAUCCUCAAGCUGAAAAUUGAAAAUGUUCAAACUUCAGGUAAUUACCUUUUAAAACAGGCAAUUACAUGUUUUAAAAAUAUGAAUCAUGGUUAAUUACAACAGGUAAUUUCCGGGUUUAAAAUGUAAUUUAUUCAUAGGUAAUUACAUAUAAAACGGGUAAUUAUCUGUUUUAAAACAGGCCAAUACAUAAAACAGGUAAUUGCCUGCUUUUUAAAAUCGGGUUUUGAAUGUUAUUACCCUAAACAGGGCAUCGCCCAAAACAGGUAAUUGCCUGUUUUAAAACGAUUAAAGCGAUUUAUAGGUAAUUGGUAAUUGCUGAUAGUAAUGGAAGGUUUUUGAAAAAUUCAUUGUAUUUACAUCAGCGUCAAGUUAAACAAUAAAAAAUGUUUCUUCCUCUUUCUUUGGAAUCUCAGUAACAGGUAAUGGGUAGUUUAUUUCAAAGUAUGAAGCAGAAUAUAUACCUAAAUGACAUUAUAUUAUGGCUGACAGCUAGUUAUUAUAUUUAUCAAUGGCUAGCAAAAUAGUCAACAAGAAAAUUUACAUUGCAGCUUCUAUUUCAUCUGUUGUUUACCAAUAAUAGAUAUGAAACAUUUCAAACAGAAAAAGUAUGAUUAAUGUAUUUGAAAUGUGAUGUAUCAGUUGAAGAUUUUUUGGAAACUUUUGUGUUCCACGUUGGCUUAAAAUUUAUGAUUUGGAGUGUUGGUUACAUUCAAUUGGCAUUUCAGUGUGUCAAUUAUGCGCCAUUACGACCAGUCGAGUUUGUGUCGAUUAUUGAUAAACGGCUCUUUACGAAUCUGUAAGGUGCUUUUGCAGUUGGACCUGGAGAAAUUUAACCAUGUUGAUGUGUUCCAUUCGAUUUACCGCUUUAUAUAUAAUUUAUGUACUGUUAAUGAUGUGGAAGAAUGAAACUCCAAUCUGUUAUUCAUCUGAAAACUAUUUCGAGCUGCCAACUGUAUAUACCGUGGUAUAUAGUAUUGACAAUACGGCUAGUUGAAAAAAGGAAAACGGUGAGGAACCUGAAGAAUAAUUUCGGGGAUAUCAAUAGGGGAAAUCAGUGUUUUAUAUUUGAAUAGUUGUAUAUAUGAAAAAAGAUGACUCUCGUGUCGUGGUUCGGGAUCCGUUCUCGAAUGGCACUCCUUCAAUUCUGAGAACCGAUUUCCGUAGCGCGAGAAAUUCCUUCUGUGUUGGCAGGCAACUGACCUCUGUAAAUGCUCUGUGAGAUUCAAGUAAAAUGUAAUACAUAUAAACGAUAUCGAUAACUGUUGAAUGUGUCCAAAGCCGUAGGAUAAUGCCCAGAAAAUAUCAGCAUAAUUUUGCCGACCGAACGCCUUCGUUUGUCUCCGUUGUGUACAAUUUCGGUUGAUGUAAAAACGCCCGUAAAACUGGCAUUUCCCAAGCUAGGGCUCGGCUUGGGGUGUGCCACACUUUUGCCAGGCUAUCAGCCAAGCAAGUUCCUCCUCGGAGGGACUUGCUUCGCCGAUUCCAAUAUUCAUUUAGGUUAUUUUCGUUAUUUUUUAUAUCGCGUUGGAAAUUAUGUUGGAAAAAUGUACAGGAUCGUGGAAAUUGGAAUCGAUCCAGCUCGAUACGAAUUUUCCACGGUCGUUUUCUUAUUAUUGCACGAGUAGAACUUAAUAGUUUUUAUUGUGUGUAUAUAUAUGUCAAUAAUAAAAGUAUGAUGGCUUAAAAUAAAUUGUGUGAAUGAUAUUUUAAAUAUAAAUAAGGAGUAAUAAAACAAUAUGUUACU